CCAAAUGUCACCUCAAGUUCUAUUACAUCGCUGGAUUCAACCUACGUUCGUUUUAAUGCUCCUAUUUCAAGUUAUCCGUGUAUAUUUAAAUCCCUAUCAUUCCGAUGCCAACACCUCCGCAGGAACCGCAGCAGGCACACCUGGAUCCCCGUCCGGAUCCAUCGUCAUUGGCGCAGGUAGAAUCUCGAUCGACAUCUGAUGCAAAUGAACACAGCUCUUGCGCACAACGCUUGACCUCAAGGUACUGUCUAGAGGCCUGUAUAGAGUCAUUAAGUUGGCGUGGAUGGCUUGUUUAUCUUGCCUGUCUGCUGGUACUUAUCAUAAUCAUUGGGAUCGUCUGUAGCGCUCAUGUAUAUUAUCAUGAUAUGGGAGGCCAAGGCUGGCUCAAAUUGAAGCAGAGAAGUCAGGAGCCGUUUGAAGAAGUCCAGAACACUUCGCAAGUAUGUCUGCCGAUUAGACGUCCGGGACCCUACAAUUCGGUGUUCGGUCUGAGUCCAAGAAGAGCAGCCGCUGUACCUUGGUAUACUUGCGGAGAUCAGCAAAAUAGCUGUGAAGCAUACGCCCAUCCUGUGAGUUUUAGCAUGCUCUUUGAAUACCCUUUAAUGGCUGAUCAUUUCUUCCGCUUGCUACAGGAGAUUUGCUGUCCUCAAGGUAUGAUUUGUCGGCCUACAACUCACACCACGUCAGGCAUAUACUGUUGCAAUGGAACGAUGUCACACUCUAAUUGUCGUCUCUUGAGGGCGCACGCACGGUGCAGACCUAACCACUUUGAAUGCCCGGAAGAUAUGGGAGGAGGUUGCUGUCCUAAUUCGACGACUUGUUACAAGAAUCAAUGUAUUCCAGUAUUGAAACAACCAUCUUCUGUUCGCCCGACGAAUGGACCAACAGUGACACCUUGGCCCGCCGUUCCCGUCCCAAGAGAAGGAGAAAUAGCACAGGGAUCACGGCUUAUGAUAUCGAAGUUUUGGUCUGCCGGCUAUCCUUUUUUGGCAUUGGGAUUCUUGAUCUUCGUAGGUGCUGCAAUGGGCAUGCUCUGAUAAAAGUUUGGAUACAACAUCACGCAUUGAACUAUUGAUGACGUUGGUCGUAUAUAUAGUCUAGUCACCCCGGUAGUUGGAAAAUCAAGUAAAAGGAUCUUACUAUUCCGCGCAAAAGAAGAACCGCAAGUAAUAUAUGAAUCGUGUGACGAUGAGAACC